AAACCUUCACAUCAACAACCUCAAUUGAGUAAACCUCCUUUUAAAAGUACCUAGGUAGGUAGAUGGAUGACGUUCAAGAAUAAUGUCCUAGUCGACUUUAUACAUAUAAAGGUACCUACCCGCUAUACAGUACCCAAUACCCCUAUUACUCGGACAAUGGUAUAUCGUUAUAUGUACAAUGCUUACCGAGGCGCAAUUUGUGGUUUGGGUAUCCCUUGAUAUAUUCUCCUCCCGAUGAUGCCGCAUGCCACGUGCCCCUCACAAAGACUAAAUAAGUCUCGUGCAACAGUCAAUGCUAAGAACAAAAAGGCACAUCCCACUGUCUUAAACUAAACUUAAUACCUACUCACCUACUCAUCUACUCAGAUAUCUACCCAAUAUAGACAUACAUACGAGCGAUUCAGGUUAAUAAUAGGAACGCCUCUACUCCUGUCCAUCCACAAUUCUCUGCAAUGGCCAUCAACGAGACCCAGGAGGGCACUCAGCCUGCCAACUUCCAGCUACACUUGAUAGUCGUUGGAGCUGGGCUAGCCGGGCUAGCCGCAGCUAUCAGCACCCGAUUAGAAGGUCACCGCGUCACCGUGCUGGAGAAAGCUGCCAAGUUAGAGGAGGUUGGUGCGGGAUUACAGGUCACUCCCAACUCAUCGCGUCUAUUCCAUCACUGGGGCGUUUAUGACGAGCUAAGCCCUAAAGCGGCCAGUCCCGCUUACUUGGCUGUCCGACGGUAUGAUGGUACGCGUCUACUAGCCUAUGAAGAGGAUUUCCAGAAGAAGAUCUCCCAGAAGUAUGGUGCGCCAUUUUGGGAUGUUCAUCGUGCCGAUCUACAAGAGGCCCUGGUGAAUCGGGCAAAAUCUCUUGGUGUCGACAUCGUCUUGGACGCCGAUGUCCAGCAUGUUGACUUCAAAGACGCCACAGUAACCACGAAAAAUGGUCGCAUCGUAAAAGGCGAUCUGAUACUUGGUGCUGACGGGUUGUGGUCGACCACGAGGAGUUUUUUGCUGCAGCAACAGUUGACGCCGAAGCCGACCGGGGAUCUCGCAUAUCGUAUUAUCCUCAACUUGGAGGAUAUUGGAGAUCCCGAAUUGCGCGAAUUGGUGUCUAACCCCUCCGUCAACUUCUGGAUAGGUCCGGACUCUCAUGUCGUGGGCUAUUCACUCCGCCAAGGUCGCAUGUAUAAUCUCGUUCUUAUGCGUCCCGACGACUUGCCAGAGCAUGUUAGCCGAGCAGCUGCAAAUGUUGACGAGAUGCGGAAGCUCUUCGAGACGUGGGAUCCGACAUUGAACAAGUUGUUAGCGUGCGUGAAUCAGGUAGAUAAGUGGCGACUGAUGCAUAUCUCCCCUUUAGACACCUGGGUCAACAACGAGGGAACUUUCUUGAUGGCAGGCGAUGCAUGUCACCCGAUGCUUCCAUACCUCGCCCAGGGCGCAAACUCUUCUCUAGAAGAUGGGGCCGUGCUUGGCCGAUUGCUCAAGUAUGUGACUAGUCGUGAGAAGUUAGGGCCAGCACUCAAGAUGUAUGAGCGGUUACGGAAAGUUCGAGGAGAGGCGAUAGCCAAAGAAGCUUUAGGACAGAGGGACUCAUUCCAUAUGCAUGAUGGACCUGAACAAGAAAAGCGAGAUGCUAUCUUCUUGUCAUUCGUAGGAAAAGAUCCGCCACCUCAUUUUGCUAGUCGAUGGACUUGUCCUUCUGUGCAGCCGUGGCUAUACGGUUAUAAUGCUAUUGAGGAAGUUGACAAUGCUUAUAAGUCAAAACCGUUUUGAUUAGAUGACAUUCAUCUGGUUCGAAGUAUAUGAGUACCAACGGCUAGUUACUGUAGAUACCUAUCUAUCAACACCAAUAACCAUCAC